GGCCCGUUAGUGACCAUCGCGGCUGCUGGGGAGGAGCAGGAGGCGAGGGGCUCGCCCAUCCCCACCCACCGAGCUGAGGGAGCAUGACUUCUGCAACUUCACCUAUCAUUUUAAAAUGGGACCCCAAAAGCUUAGAAAUCAGGACUCUUACAGUAGAGAGGCUCUUGGAACCACUUGUUACACAGGUGACAACCCUUGUUAACACAAGCAACAAAGGGCCAUCUGGUAAAAAGAAAGGGCGAUCUAAGAAAGCACACGUGUUGGCUGCUUCGGUAGAGCAAGCUACCCAAAACUUUUUGGAAAAAGGAGAACAGAUUGCUAAAGAGAGCCAUGACCUCAAGGAGGAAUUGGUUGUUGCUGUAGAGGAUGUACGCAAACAAGGUGAAACAAUGAGAAUUGCCUCUUCAGAGUUUGCUGAUGAUCCAUGUUCCUCCGUGAAACGAGGCACCAUGGUGCGGGCUGCUCGGGCCUUGCUGUCGGCUGUUACUCGCUUACUCAUCCUGGCUGAUAUGGCUGAUGUCAUGAGGCUUUUGUCCCACCUGAAAAUUGUAGAAGAAGCACUGGAAGCUGUGAAGAACGCAACAAAUGAGCAAGACCUAGCAAAUCGUUUUAAAGAAUUUGGGAAAGAGAUGGUGAAACUUAACUAUGUGGCUGCUAGAAGACAACAGGAACUGAAAGAUCCUCACUGUAGGGACGAAAUGGCUGCUGCUCGAGGUGCUCUGAAGAAGAAUGCUACUAUGCUGUACACGGCAUCUCAAGCGUUUCUCCGUCACCCUGAUGUAGCAGCCACUAGGGCCAACAGAGAUUAUGUCUUCAAACAAGUACAAGAAGCAAUAGCUGGUAUCUCUAAUGCUGCACAGGCCACCUCACCAACCGAUGAGAACAAGGGGCACACUGGUAUUGGAGAACUUGCUGCGGCACUAAAUGAAUUUGAUAACAAGAUUAUUUUAGACCCUAUGACUUUCAGUGAGGCCAGAUUCAGACCAUCUCUCGAAGAGAGGUUGGAGAGUAUUAUCAGUGGAGCAGCACUGAUGGCUGACUCUUCAUGCACACGUGAUGACCGCCGAGAGAGAAUUGUUGCUGAGUGCAAUGCUGUACGACAGGCCCUCCAGGACCUACUUAGCGAAUAUAUGAAUAAUACUGCAGAAUCUAACCCAUCAAUAUGGCAGACAUUUAUGAGUCAAGCAAGAGGUGAUAGGCAACUGACGGUGCUGAAGAUUGUUUUUAGCAAUGACGCUAUUCUAGAUGAUAGGGUCAGAGUGGAAAAAGGACCUACGAUUCGUUGUACAGAAUACUUGCUGGUGAACGAGAAGAAAUUAGGUUAG